AUGUCCACCUUCAAAGUCGCCAUCAUCGGGGCUGGCCCUGCCGGCUGUCUUCUCGCACGGCUGCUGCAUAUCAAGCAGAUCGAGGUGACCGUCUUCGAGGCCGAAGCGUCUCCCAACGCGCGCAGCCAGGGCGGCACUCUCGACCUGCACCCCAAGACGGGCAUCGCCGCGCUCAGGACAGCAGGCCUCUACGAGGAGUUUUGCCGUCUGGCUCGCGUGGACAGCGCCGGUCUGACCAUCACCGACAAGCAGAACCAGCCUUACUUCCAACUGCCUGCCGCUCUGGCGACGAAUCCUGAGAUUGACCGCGUGCAGCUGCGCUCGCUGCUCCUGCGUUCGCUCCCGGGGGGCUGCGUCCGCUGGAACCACCGCUUGAUCGAUAUCAAAGAAGCCGGUGCCGGUGCCGGUACCGGUGCCGGUAACGGCAGCACAGAGCUGGUCUUUGCCCACGGGGCCACGGAAGGCGACUUCCACCUGGUGGUGGGUGCCGAUGGCGCGUGGAGUUGCGUGCGCGCCGUGCUCGCGCCCAGCGUGAAACCACAGUAUUCCGGGAUUGCAGGGUACGACCUUUCGAUUCCCAAUGCCAAUGCCCGGGAGGGGCCACGACACAGCUGGGAGUUGGUGAAAGGCGGCAAUCUGUUUGCCUUUUCGGACGGCCAGUCCAUUAUGGGCCAGCAGAUGGGUGACGGGAGCAUCCAAGUCUCGGUCUGGGGCCGACAUGCCGAAGACUGGGCGACGCAGAUGAGAGAGAACCCCCCGCAGUCGCCAGAGGAGGUGUGUGGCGAGUAUACAGGCUGGGCGCCAGAGCUGCUGGACUUGAUCCGCCAGUCGCGCGGGGAGAUGCGCAUCAGUGCGUUGUAUAUGCUUCCUGUGGACUUCAAGUGGCCGCACCGGCGCGGAAUGACCUUGAUGGGCGAUGCCGCCCAUCUCAUGACCCCGUUUGCCGGUGAGGGGGUCAACCUCGCUCUGGAAGACGCCAUGAGACUUGCCGAGGCGAUUGUCGCAGGGCACCAGCAGCACCAGCAGCAGCAGCAGCAGCAGCAGGCAGAUGCGUUGGACGAGCAGAUUGCGCGGUACGAGACGGCCAUGUUCCAGCGCGCACUCAAGGCGCAGACCCUGACCCGGAAGAUGAUGCAGUGCAUGUACUUCACCGAGAGGGCGCCCAGAACGAGUAUCGCGAGAUGGGUUGUUGCGCGCGCAGCGUACGACUGUCAUCCAGUGCUCGAACCGGUCAUCCAUCCGUUCUUAGUGGCGGGUGUGUAUAGCUUCUACUUUGUCUUCAAGCUUUUUGUAUAG